GGUGUGCAGUAAAAACUAGAUUGGAAAUGGUCAGUAAAUACUGCGAUUUGGCAAUGCAAAUGGUUAUAAUUGUUAGCAUUAAAUUGUAUUUGUAAUGAUUUUGGCGUAUCAAACUAUUGUCUUUUGCAGUAGCUAAAAUUACACCAGUCCCAGUUUUCACAAGUUUCAGUGUACAAACAUCACUGGCCACAAGAAGCGAAUACACUGUGGCGUGAAGGGCCUCCUUGAUUAGCCUAAUUAAGUUCUGUCUAAUUAAAUUACUGUCACGUGUUAACCAAUAGCAAAAGUCGAUUCAUUAACGAUGCAGGCGGCACGUAUGAAAAGCGAAAGCCCCCUCGAUUGCAAAGGUAGUGUCAACUGGCUGAUUUGCUUUCUUGCGCAAAGUAGCUCCGACCGCGGGAAGGCGUUUUUUUUCCCUCCUCUCUCUCCCGGGUUAACUUCGCGAGGCGUUAAGCCUGCGGUCUCACGUCGCACGCGUUAAUUGCCGCUUGCCGUAGUCGAGAGCUAUGCAGCUCGAGCACUGCAUCUCGCCAGCUCUCGCGCUCUCCAAGAAAUGUUUGAGUGUGGGCAGUGGCUACCCAAACUCCGAGGGUUCUGAUCUCGCCUUGCACGGCCAUCCUAUUACAUCUGCUCGUGACAACCUGGAAAGAAGUUCACCCCUGAAAAAAAACUCCGCUGGGAUGACGAAUCAGUCAGAGGCGGAUAAUUUUGCCGACUCUAAGGACUCGUCGGGAGACGUGCAGAGAGGCAAACUCUCUCCAGCGCUCGACGGAGUCGCUGACAUUCGUCACAACUUCGAUGGAUCUGCUGGAGAAAGGUAUCUCCUGUCACAGUCCAGCCAAACUCAGCCUCUCUCCGCCAGCCCCGCCGCCAUGUUCCCUUACCCCAGUCAGCACGGACCAGCGCACCCGGCCUUUUCCAUCGGAAGCCCGAGUCGCUACAUGGCGCAUCAUCCUGUCAUAACGAACGGAGCUUACAACAGUUUGCUGAGUAACACUUCUCCACAGGGUUAUCCGAGCGCAGGCUACCCGUACGCUCAGCAGUACAGCCACGCGUACCAAGGCGCCGCUUUCUACCAGUUUAGCUCGGCACAGGCCGGACUGCUCCCCGGCAAGGCGCAAAUCUACCUGUGCAACAGGGCGCUAUGGCUCAAGUUUCACCGACAUCAGACCGAGAUGAUUAUAACUAAGCAAGGGCGGCGAAUGUUUCCGUUUUUAAGUUUUAACAUAUCCGGCCUGGACCCGACAGCCCAUUACAACAUUUUUGUUGAUGUGAUACUGGCGGAUGCGAACCACUGGCGCUUUCAGGGAGGGAAAUGGGUUCCUUGCGGCAAAGCGGACACCAAUGUGACAGGAAACAGAGUGUACAUGCACCCAGACUCUCCCAACACAGGCGCGCACUGGAUGCGCCAAGAGAUUUCCUUUGGAAAACUGAAGUUAACGAACAACAAAGGAGCCUCGAACAACACGGGACAGAUGGUGGUGCUUCAGUCUUUGCAUAAAUACCAGCCGCGGCUGCACGUGGUGCAGGUAAACGAAGACGGAACGGAGGACACGAGCCAACCUGGGCGCGUGCAGACCUUCACCUUCCCCGAAACUCAGUUUAUAGCUGUCACGGCCUACCAAAAUACUGAUAUUACACAGCUAAAAAUUGACCACAAUCCAUUUGCAAAAGGAUUCCGGGACAAUUAUGACACCGUCUACACAGGUUGCGACAUUGACCGCUUGACGCCGUCCCCGGGUGAGUCUCCGCGCUCUCAGCUCAUGCCGAGUGCGCGCUACGCCGCUAUGCCCGGCUCUUUCCUGCAGGACCAGUUUGUCAGCUCGUAUGCCAAGUCCCGCUUUCACCCUGGCGUCGGUGGCGCUCCUGGCACGGACCGCGGCGUCCCGCUCGGCAACAGCUUGCUUUCGCCGCAGCAAACCGACGAGACCGCGGUGGGCUCCCCGCAGCGCUGGUUCGUCACCCCGGCCAACAACCGACUGGACUUCGCCGCCUCGGCGUACGAUGCUGCCGCCGCGGCCGAUCUCGCGGGCAACGCGGCCACGCUGCUCUCGUACGCGGCCGCCGGAGUUAAAACUCUCCCACUGCCCGCGGCCGGCUGCUCUAACCGAGCCCUGGGCUACUACAGCGAUGCGACGGCGUGGGGAGCGCGCACUCCGCCUCAGUACUGCGGUAAAUCCGGUGCUGUGCUUCCCUGUUGGCCUUCCAACUCAGUCCCCGGCCGGACAGCGGCUGCGGGUUACCUGGUCGGGCUGGACGAGGGCGACCCCGCGGCGCCUGAGAGGUCUCCGCUUGGCACAAACGACGACGCCAAACCCAAGGACCUGUCCGAGUCCAGCUGGAUAGAGACGCCCUCCUCAAUUAAGUCGAUCGACUCAAGCGAUUCGGGCAUUUUCGAGCAAGCCAAGCGGAGGAGGAUCUCUCCAUCUGCCACGCCGGUUUCAGAAACAGCAUCGCCGUUAAAAUCCGAAAUGCUGACGCCCAGGGAGUGCGAGAAGAACUGCUCCAAGGACAUUGGCUACUACAGCUUCUAUUCACACAGUUAGACACUGGAACUGGUCGUAAAGCAGAGCACGACUCAAACCGCGACAAGUUGAAAAGAAUCCGAUUCAUAUUGAUCUAUUUAUUCAUAUUUUUAUUUUGGCUAUUUAUUUAUCUAUCUAUUUAUUCGUGCAUUGAUUUGUAUAUUUAGAUCGACUAACCUACGCGGCCUAUUGUUCUUUUAAAAACUUACUAACAGGUUUAUAAUUUUUUUUUUUAUCUGUUGAUACCACCACUGUAACUAAAUAAUGUAUAUACCUGUGUAGACAUCCGUAAUUUCUCAUUACCUGUUGAUGUACAGUAUGUAAAAGGACAGAACUAUUAGACUUUUGGUGCGAUGUUUUUAGAGAAAACUGGGGCUGUUUUCAUCUCGGAAAGGUUUUAGAUUGGAAGAGCAUUGGUAAGGCCCAGUCUGUUUUCUCCUACUAAUGUACUCUUAUGUAGGAGAUGACAGUGUGGAACCACUCAGAGUUCCAGACAUUCAGUAGUUCAGUGUUGAUAGAGACCAAACAGAGUUGUAUUGCAUUGUAUUGCUGUUGUUUGGAAAUAUAUUAGUCUGUAGUUUAAUUGUUGCUCUCUUCGUGAGAUCAUUUUGUACUUUGUUGUAAUGCUGUUAGUAGGCCGCUGAUUAUGAAUUCAAAUGAUUUUAUGAUGUUUAAGUCCAUGGUAUAAGGGGAAAGAAACAGUAAAUUAUUUGUACAGGGCAGGUACCAUUUCUUAGAGACGAUAUUCGUUCACCAUUUCCAGACUUGACAUUUUCUUUUUCAUUUAAUUGGCAAUUAUGAUAAUUUAUUUUCUCAAUUCCAUAAUUCCCGACACGUCAGGCCUGCUGGUGAAAAGCUAUUGUCAUUGUGCUGUGCUUCUUUGCAAUAAAUACAAGAGCCUAAAAAUUGUUAGUAAAACAGCCUUCAAAUGAGACUUCUAAUCAAGGUUCAAAUGUGGCUAAAAAUGUAGGUUAUUCCGAUAUGAUAUCAGGUUGGGCGCCAGGAGCAUGUGUUUUAGAGGAAUUCGCGUCCAUCUGUCGCUUUUCUAAAGCUAUUAUACUGCAAUGUGUGCAAUUACUUUCCCUUUUCCCCGUGUAUCUGUGCUACUCUGUCACCAGAACAUUCAUAUACCCCAAAAACAGAAGGAGUAGUGAGUCGUAUGGUGUGAAAACCAUUUUAUUGGGCUUAACAUCGAUUAUCCACGUAGGAAAAAAAACGAAUCAAUGUCCAACAGGUAGUCUCAAAAACAACAGCAACAAAACAAACCUCUAAUUUGAGUUAUUACUUUUGGCAACAGAUUGACGAUAUGAUGCCCAUAUGGCACACAGAAUAAAGGCAUAUUGAGGCCGCCAAGUGUCACCUACACAUUAUUAAGAAAUGUCAACAGUAUCUCAGUGACAGUUUUAAACAAUGUGAGCCAGAAAUAAAUAAAAAUAAAACACUACUAUAUUCAGUUUAA